AUCAUUCGUAUAUUCAACACGUUGACAAUUAUUCAUUAAUUGUACCUACCUUCAAACAUUGUUAAAAGCAUUAAUAUGUCAACUAUAUUUGUAAUGUUGAGUGUUAUAGGUUUUAUAACAUGCGUUAAUGGUGGUAACAACAAGAAUGCGACUUCCGACAUGCCUGUUACGGACAGAUAUACUAUGGAUGAAUGUAAGGAGGUAAUGUCGAAUGCCAAACUUGGAGAACUCAUGCAAAUAAAUGAUUCAACAUUUUGGAGCGACGCAAAGGAAUGGAGAGAUCAAGCUGCAACAUACAAUACCAAUGGUUACGAUAAUGAGCAUGAAAUUGUAAAAUCGUUCAUGGAUGCUUAUAAAAAAAAUAGACAUUUAACUCCAAGUGAUUAUUGUUCUUUCAACUUCAAAAUUCAACUUCCUAAUGAAAAUAAAAAAAAAGUCUAAAUAAAAUAUUAUUUGUUUAUUAUGUGUCCAUACCAUAGUUUUAAUAAACUACACAUUAUAAUUUUGUUUUAUAGACGUGGACAUGUAACUAACAUAUUACUUUGUAUAACUUAAAAUUUUAAAUCUAUAAAUAAAUAAAACUACAUUUUACAUCA